AUGACUGCUUUCCUUCCGCCGAACUUAUUGGCUUUAUUCGAAGCUCGACCACCGGUUCAAUAUCUACCUCCGGUUCAAGAACUUCUCGUCGAUAAAAAUGCAAAGCGAGCACCAAUGACAGGAGUUGCCCAAUACGUUGGACUUUUUGAGGAUCCAAAGGAUACUCCACCGAAACUUCCAGUUGUGACAAAAGAACAGGCUAAAGAAGAAAAACGGCGACAGAAGGAAGAGCUGCUUGCAUAUAAGGUUGAACAAGGUAUCGCUACAUGGAACCCUGCUGAGAAUUCAAGAGCUACGGAGGAUCCCUAUCGCACUCUGUUUGUUGGAAGAAUUAACUACGAAACAUCCGAGAGUAAAUUGAGACGGGAGUUUGAAGCAUACGGAAAGAUUAAGAAGCUAACAAUGGUGCACGAUGAAUCCGGAAAGCCACGUGGAUAUGCUUUCAUUGAGUACAGCGAUAAGGCUGAAAUGCACACUGCAUAUAAAAAAGCCGACGGAAUCAAAGUAGAUGGUAAACGUCUCGUGGUUGAUUACGAAAGAGGACGUACCCAGAAAACAUGGCUGCCCAGAAGACUUGGAGGAGGAAAAGGAGACACUCGUAAAACUCGUGAGUCGAAAGCAGUAAUUGAAGAAAGAGAUAUGCAAUCUGGGUAUGGGGGAUACGAUGAUAGGGAGAGAGACAGAAGUGGUAGUCGUGAUAGACGUCAAGAGUCUUACCGCAACGGGGGAGGAUACGAUAGAGAUCGCAGAGAAUCUUCGGGUGGGUAUAGAGAUAGUCGUGGGGGAAGCGGUGGCUUCGGAGGAGGUCGUGAUAGACAAGGUGGAGAUCGAGGAUAUGACCGCGGAGGUAGUCGUUACAAUUCCGGAGGAGGCGGAUCAGGAGGAAGCUAUCGUAGCGGCGGUGGAAGCAGCGGAGGACGGUACGGAGAUCGCCGUUAA